AUUCAAUUGACAACUGUCACUACUGUCAGUGGAUAUUCACUAGUUGUAUCAUAAGCAGUUAUUUUCAAACAAACACAAAUUUAAAUGUAUCUUCCAACGAAUUAGUUUUAGUUUUAAAACUUACGGGAUUUUAUAUUUCCAUUGAGUUUUGUAUAUCAUCGAUCAAAAUAUAUGUAUAAUGGCAUGAUAUUCCAUGAAAACUCAAGUUCCGAAUUGAACCCAAGUUUUCAAUGAAAAGAGAAUUUUGAAUUUCCCUUGAUCCAACUGGAAUUCAAAAUGGUUAGAGCUACGCCAGCUGAACAAACCACGCCAGUGAUUCAAACAAGGAGUAUAAAAAAAGUUGCAUGUGACCAAUUAUUGUCUCCACCAACUCCGCACCGAAUUGAACUGAGGAGUGAUAGUUCGGAGAGCAAAGAUUGCAAGAAAUCUUUGAUUAGAUUGUUUCAGCCUGCGACGAAAACAAAACGAAGGACAAAUCAAAAAGGCAAAAAUGUAGAAAGAGAUAAUCACAAACUAACUGAAUAUUUUCCUGAACGGAGGUCAAGUCGCAAAACUCAGAAGACUGUUCAAGAAGAAAAACAGAGGAACUUAGAAGAAGCACUGAAAAAUGAAAAAGAAGAAGGGCUAGAGGUUAGGAUUUUUGAAGACAAAGGAAGAGGUGUAGUAGCAGCGAAAGACUUCACNAUAAAAUAA